AUGCACAUGGGGCUUCGAAUUUGAGCUCCAUUCCAUGUGGGUUGCAUCAUUAUUUAAGAGAAUUAGUUCUACUGAAAACUCUACCAACGCUGCAAAAGAAUCUAAUUUUUGUCCUUAAUGUUGCUUCUUCUAAUUUGAGUUCCAACCUAGUUUUCUUUUUUAAUUCUUGAGUUGAAAUUCGAGAACUCUAGGCUUAGAUCAUCGUUUCUGUAUGUAAUUGGUUGAUUUUAGAGUUGGGUAAGUAAGUUUUAACAACCAGUCAAAUUUAGUAAAACAACUUUCAGCUAAAAGUGCACCCCACCCCACCCCACCCCCUACAAGCCCAAGAAAAAGAGUAGAAAAGCUGUCGUAAAGUUGGUCUUUUUGCCAGCAAAGUACAGGCAUUGCAUCUCCUGGUUCCAACUUCGAGGGCCACAGCCACAGGAAAAAGGGAAGAUUUGGCGAUCUUUGAAGAGUGCUGCAAAUGAGUGCAACAAGAUUCAUAAAGUGUGUGACUGUGGGUGAUGGAGCUGUUGGGAAAACUUGCAUGUUGAUUUCUUAUACCAGCAACACCUUUCCUACGGAUUAUGUUCCAACUGUUUUUGAUAACUUCAGUGCAAACGUAGUUGUUGAUGGGAGCACUGUCAACCUAGGAUUGUGGGAUACAGCGGGUCAAGAGGAUUACAAUAGAUUAAGACCCUUAAGCUAUCGUGGAGCAGAUGUUUUCCUUCUUGCAUUUUCUCUCAUUAGCAAGGCCAGCUAUGAAAACAUUGCAAAGAAGUGGAUUCCGGAGUUGAGGCAUUAUGCUCCCGGUGUUCCAAUAAUUCUCGUUGGAACUAAGCUUGAUCUUCGAGAUGAUAAGCAAUACUUUAUCGAUCAUCCUGGAGCCGUUCCAAUUACUACAGCUCAGGGAGAGGAACUCAAGAAACUGAUUGGAGCUCCUGUUUAUGUCGAGUGCAGUUCAAAAACACAACAGAAUGUGAAGGCAGUGUUCGAUGCAGCUAUUAAGAUAGUGUUGCAACCUCCAAAGCAAAAGAAGAAAAAAGGGCGCAAAGCGUGCUCCAUUUUGUAAAGUAAGCAAGAAAGGGAUUAUUCUUAGAGGUCCGAGGGCCACCACCAAGAAGCUUGUCCAACAAUGAGAUAAGCCGAUGCUCCUGUAAGAGCAGCUAGUCCCUAAGUAGGUGUAUUGCUGAGGCAUUGUAUCUUCUUUUUCUGUCUUGUUUCGCCCUCUAUUCAGAUGAUGAUACUACAUCACUCAUUACCCUUCUUACUAAUACGCAUCUAACGGUCUGCGGUAUGCUUUUGAGUGUUCUGUUUGACCUUUUUUCUUUUCA